GGAGGGGGUGGCGGGAGCGGGCGCACCUGGCGACGGGAGCGCGCACCUGGAGGCGGGGGCGCGCUUGCGGCUGAUUCACUCCCAUUGUCCGCAGCGGGGAAAGGCGCGGGGCUUCCCGUGUUUGUGGGAGCCUGCGGGGCGAUGCGGACGCUGUAAGUGGAAGUAAAAGCAACCGAAACCUUUCUGAGGUGUAUGGGGAGGGACGGGGUGCGGAGCCACGGGUUCGGCUCUUCGUUUUUCAGAUCCUUUGGCACAGAACUCUCUGCCCCGCUGGUUCUGCUCCGGGUUUUCCCCCUCAGCCCGUGACAUUAACGUUUGCUUUAAGGCUAAAACUGCGGUUUCUCGCUGAUCUGAUUCUCGUUCCUUGUUGAGCUGCAGUUCUUCCCAGAGCCCCCAGAAAAGCUGUUUGUGCUCCCAGCGCCUUAAAGCACAACAAGCCCAAGGUGGUGCUCCUCAUGCAUCGCGUGGCUCGGGAAGUGGUGUGCUCUUUACACUGAAAUAAUGUCUGUUUUCAUCAAAAAGGAAAAAAAACCACAUCCCAAAACUAUAUCUUACAGUACAUGCAGUUGGGAAAGCUGCUUUGCUGCAUGUGUUACAAUAGCUCUUAAGUUACAAGUGUGAAUUAUUCCUGGCUUAUGGAGGAUCUCUGUGUGAUCUGCUUACCCCAGGAAAGCUGUCCCCUGCUGGAGUUUCAGCAGAUCCUCUGGUGGCACUGUGUGCCUUCAGCAGAGCUGUGAUUUCUCCUACCCAAAGUGAUGCCUGGUUUGGUGUUUGGUUGAUCCUUACUGCAUGCAGGGAGGGCUGUUUGGGAAGGGAUUCAGGUUCUGCCCUGCUGCUUAAUCUUUUAUCUGUUAGCGCAGGAAUCAUUUCAUUUUAUGUUAAGAGUAACUUCAUUAAAGGUUGUAUUGCCAGCUCUUCUAGAAAGUGAACUAUGAAUCCCAUAUUGAGGCUUGUUAUAUGAUAAGAACGCAGCUGAAGAUAUAAUGUGCAGGAGAAACAAAUGAAAAUAUGACGUUUAAUAAAAACUAGAUUGGUGGUGCUGCUGUUAGUUCUGUGUAGUUUAUCACAUGGGUUGCAACUCUCAAUAGUGCUUGGCAUGUAAAAGCUUUUCCUGUUGGAUAAUUGUAAAGGCUGUCCCCUGCUAAGGCGACUUUAUGUAAAACAUUUCCUGUGCCUGAGGCCCGCAGGAGGAACAGGAAGCAGGAGCAGUUGCUGGGGGUAAGGCUGAGAGUUUUGGAAACUGGAGAGAUUCCUUCUUCAUAAUGCACUUUGCUGGGAAUACCUUAAUGACUGAAAUCCAUGGGUCAAUGAAUGUGUUUUAAUUGAUGAAACGUAUACUCAUAGAAUAUGUAUAGUUGCUGUAGAAUGAUUCUUUAAGCUGAUACGUACAGAUGGGUGUGAUUAGCUCCUUAGUGGUGGCCCUGGCAGUGCAGCAGAACUCAUCUGAACCUGAGCAGAGCCUGGAGAAUCCCAACCCCUGCGAGGCUGCAGCUCCAGCUGCAAACUGCUGCGGUGUGAUGACAUGGCAGGUUGGGUUGGAGGAGGAAGUGUGAGGAGCUGAGCUGGCCUGGGCGUGCGUGACAGCUCAUUUGUGGAGCUGGUGAGAUGGGAAUGGCUUAAUAAUAAGAUGGAGCAGUAUUUAAUUCCCUAAAAGAUGAAGCGGUGCAGAAGGGCAGGGAAGGAAGAACGAGUCUGUAAGUUUUCUGCUGUUAUUGGCUGAGGUUUGAGUGGUGUUCUUGAAUACUUCAGAUUUCAUGUUGUCGUAAGAAUGACUGCACUGCUUUCUGUUAGUGCUGUGUGUUCUUCAUGGCUGCAGCUAGCCCUGCUGGGGUCCUCUGCCCUGAACAUUUGGACUUUGUCAGUGAUUCUGUUUGAAAGAUAGGAGCUGAAAUGGGUGGUGCUGCACGUGGUGCUCCUAUCUCAGUUGUGUUACAUUGCUGCUUUGCCACGGGUUGGAUUUUAUUUAUAAAAAUAAGUAAAAAUCUUCAAUGCGAGGGUGCAAUUGAAAUUCUCUGCCUGCCUUGAGCACUCCCACUGGAAAUAACAUCCAGGUGUGGUGAUGCUCUGGAAGGUUCCUGGGGUGCAGUGUGACAGACUGAUUCCAGCAGGGGAGAUGCUCUGUGGGUGUGCAUGGAGUGAUGGCUGCUGCUGACAAGAGCUAGCACAGGUUGCUUGGUGUACAGCUAUGUUCACGUUGAUCAUUUAAUCUGAAAUUCUCACUUCAAAAGCUUAAGCAUCUGUGAUAGUUGUUUUUUCCUUCUGCUGUGUUAGGCUGGGAGCUGCCUGGCUGUGCUCAGGUGGAGCUGGGCUGUGAGCACCAAUAGCUCCGAGCAUUGCUGGUCCUCAUUGCUGAGCUGGCUGCUCCUUCAAGCAUUGUCCAAGAUAUAACAGUUGGUACAAAGCGGGGAUCUGACGAGCUUUUCUCUACUUGUGUUACUAACGGACCCUUUAUCAUGAGCAGCAACGCUUCUUCUGCAGCUAAUGGAAACGACAGCAAAAAAUUCAAAGGGGACAGCAGAAGUGCUGGGGUUCCAUCCAGAGUAAUCCACGUCCGUAAGCUCCCCAGUGACGUCACGGAGGCUGAGGUCAUCUCUCUGGGCUUACCUUUUGGCAAGGUCACCAACCUUCUGAUGCUGAAAGGCAAAAAUCAGGCUUUCAUAGAAAUGAAUACAGAGGAGGCAGCCAACACCAUGGUAAACUACUACACCACAGUCACUCCAGUCCUUCGAAGCCAGCCCAUCUACAUCCAGUUCUCCAACCACAAGGAGCUUAAGACAGACAACUCACCAAACCAAGCACGUGCCCAAGCAGCUCUGCAAGCAGUGAACUCUGUUCAGUCAGGAAACCUGGCACUGCCAGCUCCUGCUGCAGCUGUGGAUGCGGGGAUGGCGAUGGCUGGCCAGAGCCCUGUGCUGAGGAUCAUUGUGGAGAAUCUCUUCUAUCCUGUCACUCUAGAUGUUCUGCAUCAGAUUUUUUCCAAAUUUGGUACAGUCUUGAAAAUAAUUACGUUCACGAAGAACAACCAAUUUCAGGCUCUGUUACAAUAUGCUGACCCCAUGAGUGCUCAGCAUGCCAAACUGUCUUUGGAUGGACAGAAUAUCUACAAUGCCUGUUGUACGCUGCGCAUAGAUUUCUCAAAGCUCACAAGUCUCAAUGUAAAAUAUAAUAAUGACAAAAGCAGAGAUUACACACGACCAGACCUACCUUCUGGGGAUAACCAGCCUCCUCUUGAUCAGACCAUGGCAGCUGCUUUUGGUGCCCCAGGAAUAAUCCCUGCCUCUCCAUAUGCAGGAGCUGGCUUUCCUCCCACCUUUGCAAUUCCUCAGGCUGCAGGCUUGACAGUUCAAAAUGUUCAUGGAGCUCUAGCUCCUUUGGCUAUCCCAGCAGCAGCUGCAGCGGCUGCAGCAGGACGGAUUGCCAUUCCCGGCCUCGCUGGGGCAGGGAACUCUGUUCUGCUGGUUAGCAAUCUGAAUCCUGAGAGAGUUACACCCCAAUGCCUCUUUAUUCUUUUCGGAGUCUAUGGUGAUGUGCAGAGGGUGAAGAUUUUAUUUAAUAAGAAAGAGAAUGCCCUGGUUCAGAUGGCUGAUGGAAACCAGGCUCAGCUUGCCAUGAGCCAUUUGAAUGGCCAGAAGCUCCAUGGGAAGCCAAUCCGUAUAACGUUGUCCAAACAUCAGACAGUGCAGCUCCCUCGUGAGGGACAGGAGGACCAAGGUCUGACCAAGGACUAUGGAAAUUCUCCCUUACACCGUUUCAAGAAACCAGGCUCCAAAAACUUCCAGAACAUCUUUCCUCCUUCUGCCACUCUUCAUCUGUCCAACAUUCCACCUUCAAUAGCUGAAGAGGACCUGAAGAUGUUGUUCUCAAGCAAUGGUGGGAUGGUCAAAGGCUUCAAAUUCUUCCAGAAGGACCGUAAAAUGGCUCUGAUCCAGAUGGGCUCUGUGGAAGAAGCCAUUCAAUCCCUCAUUGACCUCCACAAUCAUGACCUGGGUGAGAAUCACCACCUGCGUGUGUCCUUCUCGAAGUCCACCAUUUAAAGCUUUGGAAGGCAUGAGACAAAAUGGACUUGACUUAACCUCUUGAGUUCAGCCUUGACCUUAAAAGGCUGAACACGAGGGUUUCAACUUCCAUCAUUCCAGAAAAAAAAAAAAGCCACUUUAAAAAAAAAAAAAUGCAGCUGAAGUGACCUUAAAAGACCAGAGAUUUUAUUUUUUUAAAGAGAAAUCAGUUUACCGGUUUUUAAAAAAAGAAAAGAGAAAAAAUUAAAUCUAAUUCAUAUUGCUAACCUUGCGGUGAUGGGUAACAAUCUUGACUGUUCAAAUAAAAUAUCACAAGUUGAAGUUUACACUUUGGAACCUGCUCUGGGAAAUUCCCCUCCCUUCCUGUUCCUUCUCCCCCAAAAAGCAGAUCCCAACAAUUUUAUCAGGUUUCACAUUGAUGCCUUUUUUUUUUCUUUACCCAUCCAUGCCUUGAAAGACCUAAAACCACUGUGUACAUUCACUUUUGCGCCUUUUGAGUCAGGAUUUUGCAAAAUGUAUGGUUGUAUAGGAGCUCCCAACCCAACUAGCACAAAACCAAGUUGCAUUGAUCCUACCUAAACUGUGCAUCUGCUAUCCUGUGCCUUAAACCUUUUCCUUCUUUUUGGGAAAACAUCUGAAUUGUGGAGGUCGGAUGGGAGAGCGGAGGGGAAAUGAAUGAGUUCUGGCUCACUAGAUCUACUUGUAGGGAAGAACUAAUCAAGCUGGCAGAGUGGAUAAAGAAAAUAUUGGGCUUUGACUCUUCAGGCAUUUGUAUCCCACUUGUCUCAAUUGCGUAGUAUCACGUGUUUUUGUGCCACUUUCCAAUCUGCUUGUGGUUUAUCUCCAUCUGCAAACCUCCAAGUGGGAGUUGAGAUCCCUGGUGUGACAUUCAGACCGAGUAGAAGGGUCUGGGUGGGGAAACAUUCCCAAGACCAAAUCACAUUCCAUUGUCAGUAGUGAGCCAACAGGCUCUGCCCUUCACAAGAAGAGCAUUGAUCGAGAUACAAAACCAACCACUGCUGGACAUUUGUGAAGACAAAUCAUUAAGAAUUUGUCAAAAUUGUAUGUGUAUAUAUAUCUCUAAAUACUUGGCUAGGAUUUGAAGAGUUAUUGGAUAUCCCACAUCUAGAAAGGUGUUCAUGCAAGUCACCUUCGUGCCCCUGAUUUGAAAUUAACAAGACCAGUGUAGCUCUGCCAUCAUUCUUAUAGCGUGUCUUCAGCAUUUGAGCUUUUUGUUUUAAUUCUUGUAUUAUACUUUUUUGAUGCAGUUGCUGUCAUCUGUGCCUAGCAAUAUUUCCAGUUGACCAAAUAUUCUAAUCUCUUUAUAUGCAAAAGAAAUAGUUUAAGUACCUUUUUAUAGAAUGGUAAGAUGGUAUAAACGUAAUCUAAAUUUACUCCUUUGUGAUAUUACCCUUGUAUACUGUACUUUGUUUUGUUUUUUUUUUUUGUUUUAUAAUUGAAACUGUAGGGCAGUGAUUUAGUUAUCAGGCUGAGGUCAUGACUGAGGAUGAGGAUGUAAUGACAUGGGUGAAACACGUAAAGCAGACUUUUAAAGCAAUGUGUUUGAGAUACCAAGCGUAAUUAGCUUGUGAAUUUAAGGACCAGGCUCAAGUUUUUCCACUUUUUUUAACCGAUAAGCCCAGAUAUUUUUAAGUUAUAGGAAGGGAAUUCAUUAUAAGUAGAAUGCAGCAGAUCGUUUUCUCCCAGUGAUAAAACAACCUUCAUGUUUUCUGGCUUACAACUCUUUCCCGGGCCAUUCUGCCUUCUAUUUCGUGUAAUCCAACGUUGCCUUACAUUUCCCUCUAACCUGCAACCUGUUUGGAUGCAAAAUAACAAGGAUCUUGUACUUUUUUUCAGGGUUUUUUUCUGCAAAUUGUGGACCAAAGUUUUGUUUUCUAAUUGUCUUAGUGUUGCAAGUUACGGUUUCCUUGCUCAGUGUGGGAGCUCUGACUUGCCUAGCACUGAGUGUUUGGAAAAGUCUUAACUUUUCUUCGUUCCUCCCUGAACUCUUGAGGAUGUGAAUUAUGCUGGAGAAGUGUGUGAAGUCUGAGUGAGGGUUCAGCUUGGGUUGCUGGCGUGAGAUCUGUAGCACUUGCCUGCCCCCAGCCUUCCUUUGGAGGCUGAGUGUGCAGCCAUCAGUGCUGGCUUCAGUUACCUCGCCAUCUGAGCAAGCCUGUUCAUUGAAUGGCAAUCUGCCUCUCUGAACUCUGUGUUUCCUUGCAUUCAGCAGUGCAAAUCCAGGUGUCUCGGACUGGAAUCUGUUUGCUCAUCUCCCUUCCUAAACGAGGGGAGCAGCAGAGGCUGCAUUCCUGGUGCAGCUCUGCUCCUGCCUGCCCUGCAGCCACAGAUUCACGCACAACCCAGAGCAGAACAGCUGUGCUGUAGCUUUCAGAUGCAUUCAAUCCACCUCACCCGAGAUGCUGGGAAGAGGCUCAUUGGAAUGAAACCUGUCUGGUGGCCUUGAAAUGUUAAUCUGGUCGACCCACAGGCUAUGUAUGUAUUUUGCAAAAUGCAAGCAAGUGAAUUGAGGUAACCCCAGAACCCAGACGUGGUGGGUUUUUCCUUUGGAUCCCUGUGUUUGCAUGUAAAGAAUGUGAGUAACAAAAGGGUGUACAUAUUUAUAAUUUUUUUAUACCUGUUGUAAGACAUGAGGGGGCAGCAAAACCCAGUUUUUUUUAUGGUGAACAGAUGUAUUGUAUAUUUUGAUACCAGCUAUUACAGGUUCAGUAUUGUGGAAAGUGGGGUGGGGAGGGUUAAGCGUACACAACAUCAAGAAUUCCAUUGCCUCUUUCAAAGAAUGUUUGUAAUGCAAAAAGAAAUUAAAACUAUUUUAUAACAACCUUUGUACCUUUCUGUAGCUCCAUUAUUUACUGUUCAGAUUGUAGAAAGCAGUUAUUGGCCAGUCUGUACUUGUGCUUUCAAUAAAUUUCUUCUGUAUUCUUUGCUUCUGA